AGAACUAAGCUCCGCCCAUAUUUACCUUAAAUGUCCAUGACUCAGAAAUAUGAUUGGUUGCAGAAUCGAUGCGGUUACUUGUAGGGUGAGACAUGGCGGAGUUUGUAGUCACAGACAGGGCUGUAAGAGAGUUUUUACAGUUUCCAAAAUGCUGAAAGAACUCAAAUUCUGGCUUAGUUUCCCUUCGUAGCACGUCACAGUCCAGCUUGAAGUAGCAGAGGUUUAUUUAUUUUUCUCUCGAGAAGGACGGAGCGUCGGGCGUCGGGUGGGGAGAGAAAAAAAAAUGUGUUGUCAUCUUUGCUCAGUCAACAGCCUCAGGCAACAAAUAUGGCUUCUUCUUGUGUAUCCUUCAUUUCGGGUUGAAAACCGUCCCGAGUGGGUCGAGCGGGACAGUCUUCAGUAGCUUGCCCGAAGUGAGGUCGACUAACACGGAGAGAGACUUCGAAGCGGGGACAAGCAGGAGGAGGGGGGAAGGAAGAUGGAGCUUCAACAUAAAGAGUUGUUGGAGAAAUGCUACCAGAACUUAGUGGAGUCCAUAACAGACGCGGACCGAGUCGUGGACGUUUUGUCUCGCCGUGGGGCCCUCAGUCAGUCAGAGCUGAUGGAGCUGGGACACCACUGCGUCUCCGGUUCUGAGAAAGUGGACCUUCUCCUGAAGAUACUGAUGAGCAAGGACCGGGACUGCUUCGCGGAGUUCUGCACGGCUCUAGAGGCGACUCACCCUCACCUGCACUCCCUGCUGCUGGAUGGCACCACUGGGUCUACUUACAGCGUUCUGUCCACCAUGCCAUCAGACUCGGAGAGCAGCAGCUCGCUCAGCAGCUUGGGUGAGUGUGGCACCCCUGGUACCUCUGGUCAAGCCUCUUCCCCUCUUCCUGCCCAUGUCGACGUCCAUCAGACAAGUGAAAAGAUGGAGACGGUGCUGUUCCAGCUGAGACAAGUGACUCGUGAGAGGGAUGAACUGCUCAAACGUGUGGCCCUCCCUACGGCUGGAAACUCUAUUGAUGAAUGCAGACUAAACUCAAGAUCAGGCCAUGACUAUGAGCGUCUAAAGCUGCAGUGCAUGAAGGCAAUGGCGGACCUGCAGUCCCUGCAGAACCAGCACAGCACCACUCUGAAGAGGUGCGAGGAGGCUGUCAAGAAGGCAGACUUUUAUCGACGUCUGGCGAGUGACCACAACCAGCUAAAAGAAGAGCUGGAGGCUGUGAGGCAACACAACAUCCAGCUGGUUAGAGAGCACAACCAUGUGAAGCAGACCUGUGAGGAGCUCAGGAGGCUGCAUGAGGAAGACCAGAGGGAGGUGGCUGAUAUGAGGCUUCUGCACCAGCAGGUGAUGAGAGAAGGAUCAUCUGAUGUCCUGAACAAGCUGUACGAAACAACUGUGGACAAACUGGAGGCAAUGAAAAGCGAAUACGAAGCUUUGAGGAAGCGCUACAAUGAGAAUACGGCCAGUCAUAAUGCCGACCUGAGCCGUUUGGAUCAAUUUGAGGAGGAGAAUCAUCGUUUGCAGAAGACCCUGGACAUCCUGUCGAAGCAGAGGGACGCUGCUAUCCACUACCAGCAGCAGUUUUCUGCAUCUGUUCAGAGGUUCGAUAACACCCAACAUGAGCUCUCCAAGGCCACAGUCCAGAAUCUGGAGCUACAGAGAGAGCUGGAGCGUCUGCAGUCGGAGACGACGCGACUUAAAACCCAGCAGCUGAAGGCCGUAAAGGACUGCGAGAAGUACAAGGAGGAGCGGGACUCUGUAAUCAAUGAAUACCGCCUGAUCAUGAGUGAGAGGGACCAGGUGAUCAAAGAGGUGGACAGGCUCCAGACGGGGCUGGAGGUGGCGGAGGCAAAACUCAAGAACAAUUCCUCAGAGAGACGAGUGGCCAACGAGGAGUUGGAGGCUUUACAGCAAGAGCUAGCUUCAGCACUGGUGGACAGGGACCGAGCUAUUUGCGAAAAGAACGAACUGCUGGAGAAAUACUGCCAUGAGGUAAAGGACAAAACUGAGGCCCAGAAAGAGCUGAACCAGGCCUGCAAGGACAUCGAGAUGGUGCGUGAGGAAAGGGAUGUGGCCCGCAAAGAGAGAACAGAAGCCAUCAUCCAGAGGGACCAGCUGCUGCGAGAGUAUUACCAGGCCAGACAGAAACAAGACUCUGCCACUCUGGACAUGGAACGGGCCAACAAAGAGAUUGAGAUUCUUAGGAAGCAGUAUGAGGCCAUUUCUCAGGAGCUUAAGGAGGCUCUGCAAGAGGCAGAGGUCGCUAAAUGUCGACGGGACUGGGCUUUCCAGGAGAGGGACAAGAUCGUGGCAGAGAGGGAGAGCAUUCGGACGUUAUGCGACAACCUGAGACGAGAGAGAGACAGGGCUGUGAGCGAUCUGGCAGAUGCUCUUAGAAAUCUGGAUGAUACGAGAAAGCAGAAGAACGAUGCUAUGCGAGAACUCAAAGAACAAAAGGAGAAGUUGGAAGACCAGUUGGAGACAGAAGCCAGAUAUUGCCAGCUAAUGGCUCACAGUUCACAUGACUCGGCCAUAGACACAGACUCCAUAGAGUGGGAAACGGAAGUUGUAGAGCUGGAAAAGCACAGGGAUAUGGAUUUGAAAGCACUUGGUUUUGAUAUUGCUGAAUGCGUAAAUGAUCCAUAUUUACCAGGAGAUAGUGGGAUAUUUGUUUCCAAGGUGGACAAAGGAAGUGUUGCAGAAGGAAGAUUAAGGGUGAACGACUGGUUGUUGAAAAUUAAUGAUGUGGAUCUGACCAAUAAGGACAGAAAGCAAGUGAUCAAAGCUGUGUUGAGCUGGGAGGGAGUAAUCAAUAUGGUAGUUCGAAGGAGGAAGUCACUUGGAGGGCGAGUCAUCACCCCAAUACAAAUUAACCUGGCUGGACACAAAGACUGUGGAAUUGGUUUGGAGAGUGGAGUAUUUGUUGCCACAUUGGCUGCAGGAAGUCCUGCUACCAGAGACUGUAAUCUUGCUGUGGGUGACAGACUGUUGGCUAUCAAUGGAAUUGAACUUCAUGACAGAUCUCUUUCUGAAUGUGAGUCUCUGCUGAGGACCUGUGACAACUCUCUCAGUAUCUCCCUUAUGAAGUUCCUUCCUCAGAGCUCUUCUGGACAGAAUUUAUUUGAAGGUAUGAGAGACUCUGAAAAGACCCUGCGUCUCCAAUCCGGUGAGCUCCACCCCAGAGGCUGCAAGAACUCCAAGCACAACUGCUCAACUCAAACGGACAUUUGCAACUGCAAGUUGAGCAUUAGACAGGAGGAAGUAUGUAAAGAUACAUGCGAUUCCCUGGAAAACGGUGGCAACAGCAGCACUCAUUCCCAUCACAAAUCCUUCUCCAACUGCUCCCAGCACUCCUGCUCUUUGUCCAUGUCCCACAGUCUGUCAGAGCCUCACCCAGCGUUCAGCUACCAGCGCCAGGAGCUCAGUCCUCGUUCCCUUACAUUCACCCCUUUGGUGUCUAACUGCAGCCCUCCUCAGUCGCCUGUGGACAGAGGACAGAGCCCACCAGUGAAGGCCGGUGGAGGAACGUGGCCUAAAGUCAUAGUUGGGGCUUCUCUCACUGAGUGCACACAGCUGUCCAUCUUCAAAAAACCCAAACAGAGAAAGUCCAUCUUUGAAGUAAACGCUUUCAGGAGGCCAGAGACAGCUUCUAAACUGGACUACAUGUCGAAGCAUUCGCCACAGAGUUCAGCAUCUGAAACUUCUCAGACGCCUCCCACCCCGCCCACCAGGAGCGACUCUUUUAGAUUUAAGCAUCGGCAACAGAAUAGCUCUGCGUCUGACUCCACCAUCACCACUGGCACACCACCAGCCUCCCUGGCCCUGGCAGCAAGCCCCCAGGAUGAGGGGUUUGUGGGAAGCCAGGAAUAUUACACCAACAUACCUGCAGGAAAAAACAAAAAGAACUUCAAGGAAGGGGACGAGAGCCGACGGCGGACCGAAGUGCAGGAAAAGAGGAGGUACAGGCCAAAGUCAGCGCCAGCUCUACGGCGGAACGUGACUCCGUUGCACAUUCCUGUUCCCAUGCAGACUCAGGUUUCCUCUGAUGAGCUCUCUCCAGAGCCAGUGGACUUGUUACGCUUCUCUCCUUUGAGAACAAACCGGUACAGCGUGCCAUUUGCCCCCCCAAGCUAUUUGACAGCACACCUUCCACAGCGACGUGCAGCACCAUGCCCUGCAAUGACUGCUGUGAUGAGGAACCCAGUUUACACAGCGUGGAGCCAUGAGAUCCAGAACUGUCCUCCAGUUCCCAAUUCAGGCCUUGAUCAACAUACACAAAGCCCCCAGCAACAGGCUCCUCUCAGUUUGGACCUUGGCCACAAGCGCAAUGGACGCUUGAGUGAGACGAGCCACAGCCAACCACCACACAGCACCAAGUCUUUGCCCUCUGGAGCCAGACUGAGCUCUCCUGGUACUUUACAGUUUAGGGCAGAGCGGAUAAGAAUCCCUCCGGCCCGUUACUCUCGCUCCACCGGCUCUGACAAAGCGUCUCUUUCACACUCAGAGUGCAGCAGCCCAACCCCUCCCAUAUCCCCUGUCAACCUGGACACGUCGUCUUUCUCCAGCAGCCAGUCACAGAGCUCAGUUUCUUCCCAUCCCAGGAUAUCAGUUAGCCCUGCUCCAGUUGGUGACAGGAGGAAGGAUGGGCCUUUUUUAGGGGAGCCACGCAAUGUGACGGUACAGAAAGGAGUAGAACCGCUUGGGAUCUCCAUUGUGAGUGGAGAAAAUGGAGGAGUGUUUGUUUCCAAAGUUACACUGGGGAGCAUCGCUCAUCAGGCUCGUCUAGAGUACGGAGACCAGCUGCUGGAGUUUAAUGGAAUCAACCUUCGCAACGCCAACGAGCAACAGGCACGGCUGGUGAUCGGACAACAGUGUGACAUGGUCAGCAUUUUGGCUCAAUAUAAUCCUCACAUGUUUCAGCUGGGGAACCACUCCCGAUCAGGUUCUCAAAUGGAGUCCAGCAACAACCAUCUGACUACCAGUCCAGACAAUCACUCUGCUGUAGAUACACUGAGCGAACAGGACGAGGGAACAAUGACACCUCCUUCCAGGCAGACUACUCCUGCCACAAGUCCACACAACUCUUUCAGGCUUCCAGGUUCCCUUUUACUGCGGGCUGCAGAGCCUCGCUUGGUGAGGCUGAAGAGGAUUGAUACAGAGUUGGGUGUGCAGAUCUGUGGAGGAAAUGUUUGUGGCAUCUUUGUGGAAAUGCUGGAUGAUGAAAGCCCGGCAAAGACUCCUGACGGACUGCUUCCUGGAGACCUAAUACUGGAGUACAAUGGUGUCAGCAUGAAGAAUAAAACUAAAGAAGACGCUUACCUGGAAAUGUUGAAACCAGCGGAUCAAGUCAUGUUCAAGGUCCAGAACUAUGGGGACAGCCUUGCUGUCAUCAAAGAAUCUCAAGGAGAUGGAUUUUUUAUCAGAGCGCUUUAUGAGCGGGUUGCAGAGCAGGAGCUGAGCUUUAAGAAGGAUGACAUCCUGUAUGUUGAAGACACUUUACCAAAUGGCAACUUUGGCUUCUGGAUGGCCUGGCAGCUUGAUGAGAAUGCACAGAGGCUGGAAAGGGGACAAAUCCCAAGCAAAUACAUGAUGGAUCAGGAGUUUUACAAAAGACACGGCUUGGCUGACAUGAAGGAUGAGAACGGAACCAGUAAGUCCAUGUCUGCUGCUGCUCGGAGGUCAUUUUUCCGUCGGCGGCUGAAGCACAAACGAAGCGGCUCCAAGGAUGGGAAGGACCUGAUGGCUCUCGACUCCAUAAGCACAGAUUCUUUGCCCAUCCCGGAAGAUGGAAUGAGCCUGAUGUACCAGCGGGUUCAGAAGGUGGACUGCUCAUUCCCCAGACCGGUGCUGAUCUUGGGUCCGUUAGUGGAGGCCUGUAAGGACCUGCUGGUGACUGAGGCUCCUGCUAACUUCUGCCGCUGCUUGCCUGAAAUCAUGAAGGCAUCUCAACAGGCAAUAGAGCGAGGAGUGAAGGAUUGCGUGUUCAUCGAUUACAAACGGAGGAGCGGCCAUUUUGAUGUGACAACUGUUGCAUCAAUAAAGGAGAUCAUAGAAAAGGACUGUCACUGUUUACUUGACAUUGCUCCUCACGCCAUUGAACGUCUUCACAGCGUUCACAUCUACCCAAUCGUCAUAUUCAUUCGAUACAAAAAUGCCAAGCAAAUAAAGGAGCAGAAGGAUCCUCUUUACCUGCGGGAUAAACUCUCUCAGAAACAUUCCAAGGAGCAGUUUGAAGCGGCACAGAAAAUUGAGCAGGAUUACAGCCGGUUCUUCACAGGCAUUGUCCAAGGAGGCAGCGUCUCCUCCAUUUGCACUCAAAUCUCGACCAUCGUGGAGCACGAGCAGAAUAAAGUCCUCUGGAUUCCAGAUGAAGCACCAUAGAGAUUUCACUCUCACACUGAUGUAGCAUUUUUUUAAUCAUAGGGUGCACUACAAAUUGCUGACACUUCCGUUAACGUCCAAGGCUUACUCAAUUUUACAAACAUUAGCACAGAUGAUGGUAAUAAUGAAAUAUUCCCACUACAUUAGUGAUAUACUGAGCAGCAAAUAGGUUUGUUUACACUAGUAUUUGAUACUUGAAUGUUCUGUUCUCCCUCAGAUAUGGUAGCACUCCUAAAAUCCCUUUUUGUUGCCAUAAAAUAAUGUUGGACCACAUUGAAGACCAUAUUCCUGAAGUGAUGAUGGACUAGACUACAAUGCUCUCUCUUCCUUUUCUAUAUUUAUAUGCAUUUUCUUUUCAUUUAUUGUUGCCUAAUUAUUAGGAAGAAUAUUUUCCAUUUAAUUCUUAUUUAUAGAGGAGAAAAUUGUCUCUUCCUUAUAUUUUGUUUUGUGGUAUGAAGGUUCCCUUUCCAUUUCAGUCCUCAUAAAUAACAUUGUGCCAAUCCAGGUUUUGUUUGUCUUUUAAAGCUCCAGGUUUUCUAGUUUUGACACUAUGUCACCUGCUUAUGUAUUUCCAGUUCUGCCAGUAUAGAUUUUUUUUUUUUGUUAAAUUAAACUGAAAGAAGGGACUGUUUUUAUUUUGAAUAUCAUAGAUGGCUGUCAGUUAAACACGCUCACUGGUACCUUGUGAUUCUUCCUGGCACAUUUCGUCUUAGAUAAAACAUUUGCGAUGAGUUCAAGGUUAAUAUUUCCUUAAAAAGAAUAAAAACUAACUAUAGUUGAA